GUCAGGCUGGACGCGGACCACGACCAAGAGCUCGCUCUCUCGCUCCCGGGAGGACCUGGCCCAGAAGCUGCGGUCGCAGCUGGUCACGGCCCUGCCCGCGGACCUGACGGCGCCCAUGGAGCAGGCCUCCCUGGACCAGAUGGUCAGCAUUUCGUGGAACGACGAAGUGCGGCAGCAUCGAGCUCGGCG